AAGAGCGCAGCAGUGCUGGGGCUUCUAUUGCAGUUUGUUUUCACAACUUUUCAAAUACCGGCCUAAGGAACGCAGAGAACCAUGCGGAACAUCGCACAGCAGCGACAUCGAAAGCAAUUGCGAGGGCUCUCGGCGAAGUCAAGCAAGUCACCAGCGUCAUCGGCUCCGUCUCCCAAGUCAAUGACAUUCCCCGUUGCAUCUCUUGAGUUCGGGAUGUCCUCAGCUUCAUCUCCAAGAUCGCCAGUGACACCAGCCUCGCCUAUAAUGACGCCGAGGGCCUCUAUCCCGUCUCCGAAGUCCCCGAGGUCGCCGAUCCCGUCUCCGAAGCCCUAUUACUCACCGAUUCCGUCUCCCAGGAAGCCAAUGUCUCCGAUUCCUUCUCCUAAAUCGCCGCAGCGUCCAGCUUCGUCUCCGCGCCACACCGCUUCGCUCUCGGUGCGAAGCUCUCGAAACGAACAGCUGCUUGAACUGGCUGCGCGCAUGGCGAGUUCGCAGAGCAACCUUCCGAGCACUGUUGCCACGCCGCUAAGUGAACUGGUCGGCAAAAAUCUGCCCAUCCGCAUGAUGAGGCCAGUCUUCCUUAAGGACGAAGACGAGGAGAUAAACAUGACACGGGCAUCGGUCUUCUUAACGGGCUUCGUCCUUUCCGUGAUAUUAUUCGGAUUGCUUCUCUACGUCACCCUGUGGAUGAGCAAGGGUCACGGAGCAUUCGGUCCGGAGCUCCCACCGAUGGCAUGCGGCGUUGUGUCGUCCGAGCAGCUGGUUGUCUCCACAAGCAGCGGCACGGUCUACGGCGAAGCGGCGACGCUCGUUCACGCCUCCGACAACUCCACCCGAGGUAUUCUGCGCCAAUUCUUCGGUAUUCCGUACGGGCUGCCUCCCGAAGGCGCCAGCCGCUUUCGCAUGACCAGAGCGUCCAGCUACUUCACCCCCGACGGCGUGUGGAACGCCACGUCUCACGGCCCACCGUGUCCUCAGAACGGACUGCACUACGCGGACUGCGCCGAGGACUGUCUCACAAUGUCCAUAUGGGCGCCUUUCGUGUGCGACAAGCGCGAGCCCCUCAAGCCUGUCCUCGUGGCCGUCAGCGGGGAGUGGUUGCAGACGGGAGACGUGCGGGACCACGAGAACUCCUGGCAGGACCUGGCACUGCUCGGGGACGUGAUCGUAAUCGUAGUGAACUACAGGCUGGGGAUCAUGGGUUUCUUCAACGGAGAGCCCAGCGACGCGCCGGGAAACGUCGGGAUAUACGACGUGUUCAUGGCGCUCGUGUGGAUCCGCAACAACGCGGCCGCCUUCCACGGAGACCGCGACCUGAUAGUGGCGCUGGGCCACGGAUCCGGCGCCUACGUCUUCUCGCUGGACCUGCUCGCGAACACCACUAGCAGGCGCUACUUCCGGCGCCUUCUUCUGCACGGCCUGUCCAUGAACAGCAUGUUCCCGAGAAACGACGAGUCCUCGGGCGUGGCGCUGAUGCAGCGCGCAGCGCCGUGCCCGGUUGAUCAGCAGUCAGCGGCAGCGGUGACCAGGUGCCUCCGGUCGAAGAAGCACAAGGAGCUCCUGGACGUCGUCAACGCCUCCUUGCCGCUGCGGUUUGUGCCGUCCAGAUACAGGCCGCCUUUGGCGACGGUGUCCCAAACCGAUCUCUGGACAGACCUGGCUCCCCUCGCCGGCGUGGAUGUCGUGAUCGGCUACAGCGAGCUGGAAGGAAACGCCCUGUUCGAUGACUAUCUGGUUCCUUCACUGAAAUUCAAUGACAGCACACCGACGUCUGUCGUGUACGAAAAGAGCGCUCGCUUCUACACGGACUCCGGCGUUUAUGCUUACAGUUCCCUGUCGGAAGCGACAAAAAGCUUCCUGGAGAGACCGCACUUUCAGGGGUAUCGGGAGUUCCUGACUCACUUCACGAUGACCUGUCCGAGUAUAGCAUUAGCCGCCGCAGCGUCGGCUAAAGGGGCGGCGGUGUACCACUACGCGUCACUCGGGCCGCAGAACUUCUUCGAGCCAGUUUUUUCAGCCGCAGAGAUCAUUACCUUCGCGAAAACAGGUCAAGUCAAGUGGAACCAGUUCUCACCCGCAAGCACGACGCUUGUUGUUGAAGUCGACCACCGGCGCGAGGAACAGCGCUGGCAGUUACUGACCUGCGUCGCGGUGAAGGGCAUAAUGUCCAAUUGAAACGCGCCCUUUCGAAAAGCUGUUAGACAUCUACUAUUGCUUGAUCACCUUGCUGCUCACGAAAUUUUGUUUCUGCGCUGAUAUAUUUUCGCAGUUUGCACGUUUGUUUGUUUGUGCGAAAGACGGCUUACGUUUCGUCGUCGCCGACGCAUGCCUUUCCUGCGCUGACUACAUAUACGGGAGCAUCGACUGUCCACUGCAGUUUGGAAACGCAGUGUUGGAAGUUGCCUCUGCGUUGCUCACUGUUCGAACCAUAUACGACUCUGUUUUCGAGUGUGCUUGUAGUUACCUUUCACUCUGCUUGUGCAGAUGCAGUGUUGAGAAGUACUGGACGUCUUGAGUUUGCAUACGGGACAACGUCGUCUUUUUAUUGCAGUGUCGUUGUUGCUUGGUGCGGCCGGCACUAGAAUGCAUUGUUCAGAAAGAAGAGGAAAUUAAUGCACUUACGCCAAGCGUCCGUUGCUUCUGAGUGGAAUUCGUUCGAAUUGGGUUGAUUCCUGUAGUUAAGCGUGUAUUUACUACUGUCGAUAUCACUUAAACGGUUGUCUUGGUUUACAUUUUGCUGAACAAUUAUUUAAUCAAUAGGUAGGGUAGUUCUUGCAAUUCUAUUAUUGUACCUUUAUUGUUUUCUGUCAAUAUGUCAAGUGUACAGUGCCUGUUUAUCAUCCUUUCUGCAUUUUCUGUGCCUGUAAUAAUGCCCCUCAUUCCGCAGCCCUCACGGAGCUAGGGUAUGUCGAAACAAAUAAAAUACUUGUUCAUUCUA